GGGGUGGCAGCAAACGCAAUGGAUGCGCCUUCCUCGUCAGUUGGCGACUAUACGCCGUCUCUCUCGACAACUCCCAUGAGCAUUAGUCAAUCUUCUUUCCAGCUCAACGCUAUGCGAGCACGUAUUGCGGAGCUGGAGGAUAAGCUUUCUCGAGCUACUAGUACUACUAGCUCAGUGUAUACACCAUCAGCUUCAACUCCAGCGUCGACACAUGCUGUGCACACUGUUAGCAGCUUUGCAUGUACUGUGGAUGUACUCCAGGAUACGCAAAUACCUGGGGGUGCAGAUAUCUCUAGGGGUAUUGCGCAUAAGAACCGGGUGUUUGGACAGAGUCACUGGAUGAAUGGUUUCGUCAUGUUUCGCGAUGUCAUCGAAAUGAUGGAACCACAUCUCCAAGGCGGAUCGUCUAACCUGGUGGCCAGCAUACAGCGUGCCAAAGUUCUAGCCCGCGUUAUCAAAUCGCAGCGCUCUCCAAGCUGGCCUACCGUGCCGACACGCAAUCUCCCGCCAAAGCAUGUGUGUGAUCAGCUUGUUGCUGGCUACCUCCGUACCAUGGAGACGGUGUACCGUGUUAUCCACGUGCCGAGUUUCAUGCCCAACUACGAGAGCGUGUGGGCAUUCGACGCAGAGCCUAGCAUGGCUUUUAUGAUGAUGUUGAAGUUGGUACUGGCAAUUGGUGCUACGGUACAUGACGAGAACAUGUCGAUGCGCACCGAGGCGACACGUUGGGUAUAUGAAGCGCAAUCUUGGGUGUCGUCGCCUACGUUCAAGUCGCAGCUCCUCGGCAUCCAGUAUCUACAGAUCAGCAUCCUCUUACUGCUCGCGCGUGAGCUGGUUGACGUGGGGUCUGAGCUUGUAUGGAUCUCUAUUGGUGCAGUGCAUCGGUCGGCAGUGUAUAUUGGUUUACACAAGGAUCCGUCGUGUCUUCCACAUAUGAAGGUCAUGGAAGCAGAGAUGCGCCGGAGGAUCUGGAAUACUAUCAUUGAGUUGUCGUUGCAGAUGAGUAUGCAGGCGGGCGGACCGCCGUUUAUCGGUCUUGACGAUUUCAAUACUGCGCCGCCGGGCAACUACGAUGACGAUCAACUAGUGAACGCGGACCCUAUGGUCAAACCAGACGGUGUAUACACGCAGACAUCCGUGGCGAUUGCUCUUAGGAAGACGCUUCCAAGUCGCCUGGCGGUCUUGAAAUUCCUCAACGAUCUCGCCUCGACCGGGACGUAUGAGGCGACGCUUCAAAUCGAUGCCGAGUUGAGAUCAGCACACAAGACGUUGCGUCGUACGAUGCAAGGAUACAGUAGCGAUAAAUCGCCUUCCUUGUUCACAGUUGAGGCAGUCGAAUACAUCAUGCAGCGCUACAUCACCUCUCUACAUGUUCCAUUCUUCGCUGCGGCGUUGAACAAUCCUCUUUACGCUUUUUCGCGAAAAGCGACCGUCGCAUCGUCGCUGAAGAUCUGGGGUCUUGCGGUUCCGGUCUCAAAAGGUAGCCCUUAUCCGGAAGAGGAGACUGAUCUCGCUC